UUUUUAUAGGUGAUUAGAGUAAUUGACGUUUUAGGAAUGUAAAUAUAAUUAUUUUUUAAUUCUAAAGCGUCAUACAAUCUAUACAUAGCAAUUAGUAAUUUGCAUAGUAUGAAAAAAGUGGGCUAGGUUAAAAAGAUAAAUGUGUAGGACCACAGCUUCUGAAAAUUGGUAAAAAUUUUUAAUUCUUUUAAAACGCGUUUAUAAACUAGAAGAAAUUGGCGAAACAAGCAACAACGCCUUUCUUAUUUUUAUCAAAGAACAAACAAAGGAUACAAUAACUGGAUAUUUAAUUUCCACUACCCGUAUCGAUAAAAAUAUCCUGAUAUUUUUGAUUAUGCGACGCAAGUAAGAUAUGAUUGACGAAAAAAAUUUUCUUAAAUGAUUAUAUCAGUGCACAAAAGUAGUGAUAACUGCCACCUUUUGUCAUUUUUUUAAAAUAAACUAAAGAUUCAUUUGCUAAAGAAUAUUUUAAUCACUACUUAAUAAUGUCAAAAACGCUGGAUUUUCUUCCUGAUAUAGACUCAUCAGAUCUAAAUACUUGUGCCACAAAUCCUUGUUAUCAACCAGAGGAAGUGAUUGUAUGUCCACCUUCCAAUCAAAAUUUGGAACAAAUAUGUACAGAGCGACCACCUCUUAUAAAUUUAGGUUCACUUACAGCUGAAGAAGUGAGAGACGCGUGUCUUCAGUAUGCCUCGAAUAACUGUUGUUAUGGCAAGAAAUUUGUCAGAGAGACGAUCAUUUCAAGUGUAAAUAAUGGAUGCACCUACCAUUACAAAUUGGAAUCUUUUGGUGAAAAAAGAGAAACAGCAAAAAGAACUACUCCGUAUUUAGGUCAAGUCAUCGAUGGUCCAGAAAAUGGUACUCCUCCUAGCCCAUGGGACAUUCCAGUCACUAUUCCAGGAUUGUUCAUGGACAACAAAAGAACAUUCGAAGUUCCUCACACAGCAUACGUAAAAGAUUGUUGGAAUUGCGUUGGCAAUUGCAAGAUACGAUGCGACGUUUGCAACGGAAUCGGGGGAGUAAGUGGAAUCUUUAAAUUCCUAAAAUUAGUUUAA